GAAAUUGAAAAAUCAAAUAUACAUAACUUUCUUCUUCCGUUAGCUGAUAUUCGAUAGACGAUCGCAAAAGCAUUACCUUUCUCAAUCUCUCACACUUUUAUGGGAAAAUCUCUUCCUACUCCACCCAGACUACAACAACUCGCUCGAGUCAUCACUUCCAAUAACAGGCCUCGCCGCCAAUCCCAGCUCAGGCCCGUCUUCAAGACCCGCCCAAUUACGUCCCCUGAGCGCACUGGGCUCAGACCAGAUUCGCCUGAGCAGCUGAGGUUAAACAAAAAGAAUUUAAAGAUGGAAGCGGAGAACUCGGAGCAGCGGGGGCUACCUCUAUCGGAGGUGGUGGCGGACUGUGUGAAGAGGUGGUUCCAGGAUACACUUAAAGAGGCCAAGGCUGGUGAGACGGCCAUGCAGGUGCUUGUGGGCCAGAUGUAUUGUAGUGGAUAUGGCAUCCCCAAAGACGCGCAGAAGGGAAGAGCUUGGAUUAAUAGGGCUUCAAAAAGCAGAUCUUCAGCUUGGAAAGUUGGAGAUAAGCAUCCAGGUUAUAAUGCAAGUGACUCGGAUUCUGAUAACUCAAAGGAACUUGCCAAAUAGAAGAAGGAGUGGUUUUCAGUGACAAAGACAAUGACAAGAGUGCUUUUGUUCUGCCCCAGAAUCCAUGUAUACCAUGCUUCUGCAACCCAACGAUGCUGGACUGCGCUUUUCAAUUUGUAAAAUUUUUUGUCAAGUUAAUUCCUCAAUUUCUACUUAUUUUACUUCUCCAGGUACAGCAUGUGCCACAUUUUACUUGUACUUUUUCUUAACUUUGUGGAGAAUCCUAUUUCUACAUCUCAGUUUCUUUGGCCAGUUGAUGUUGAAUUAAAGAUACGAAGUUCAUGAUAUUUUGAUUUCCAUUUUACUUGGUCCCUUGUGAUGCAUUUCAACUUCUUAAAUGUAAUAAAUACUAAAUUGUUGGCAAGUGAGUGAUCCUUCUCA